GGAGGGCAGAAGCUCAACUCUUUGCUGACAGCGCAGACUCAGCGUCGUUGGCGAUCAGUGCGGUUUUGGAGUUCGUUGCGUCCGGUCGCGAGAUCCCAGGCUCAGUGGAACCCCUUUGAAAAAAAAAGAUUCCUGGAUCGAUUCGAAAUUCAAUUUUGAUUCGCGAGUGAAGAUCUCUCUAUACCCCCCGAGUGUGUGUGAUUGCCAGUAUCAGGAUAAACACAUCCUGCUGGAAUAAAUUGAAAUAAAAUCGGGGCCCCAGCCCAAAACACCCACACAGUCACACAAAAAUAAGAAAAAUAUAAACCCCAGACACACACUCAAGUUAGCAACCGUUAGCCAUGUUGGCAAUGAAGGAUAAACCUUGGCUGCUGCUAUUUGGCCUAUUGGCCGCAUUAAGCUGCUUUGUUGACUUUGGAGAUGCUGCCUACCCGUAUUAUGGCACCAAGAUCGGAGCCCUAACCCGCCUCCAUCACGGUGUCUCCGGGGAUGUGUACGCCGUGGACUCACGCACCAUUUUCAUCAAGAAAUUCAACUACGAUGGUGAGGCGCCGGCGGCCUACUUCUAUGUAGGAAACACGGCGCGGCCUAGUAAUGAGGGAGCCGCUCGACUGAGGGAUGAGCGCGGUGGAACUGCUUCCCUGACACGUCGUUAUCGGAACAAGGAUGUAACUCUGUCCCUGCCUGAGGGCAAAACGUUGCGCGACAUCAAAUGGUUCUCGGUUUGGUGCGAUGAGUUUGCGGUGAACUUUGGUGAUGUCUCCAUCCCAGCCAACUUGGACUUCCCGCGGCCACAGAAGAUCAGUGCUCUGAGGGGUGUCCAUGGCGUCUCCUCUGACAACAUUGUCAUCGUGGAUGCCCAGACGCUGCUGGUCCCCAACUUCAGCUACGAUGGUGAAGCGCCAGAUGCCAAAUUCUGGGUUGGUCGCGGCCAGAGGCCCACUUCUGAGGGUCUGAGGAUUCCGGACGAGAAUGGCAAAGAGAACCCGCUGCGUCGCUACGAACGCAAGACCAUUGUGCUGACCCUGCCAGAGGAUUUGACCAUCUUUGAUAUCGGUCACUUUGGCGUUUGGUGUGAGGCCUUCACUGUGGACUUCGGACAUGUUCGCCUGCCGGACGGACUCAAUGUACCGCCCUCGCUGAAGAUGCUGGGAAUCAGCCCACAGUCGAAGCUCAACUGCGAGGUGCUCUACGAUGAUCUGGCAUUCGAGGUGCGCUGGGCAGUGGCCGGCGAGAGCAUCGUGGUCCAGUUGGUGGCCAAGUUGGAACCGAACAAUUACAUGUCCUUUGGCAUCUCGCCGAGCAAGAACAUCAGCCAGAUGAUCGGUGCAGAUGCUGUGGUGGCCUGGGUUGAUCCUCAAACCGGAAAUGGUUUCGCCACCGAUUACUUCCUGGAGGGCAAGGCCCAAUGUUCAGGUGGACGCGGUGCCUGCCCAGACACUAAGAUCUCUGAGAAGACCAAUUCCAUUCGUCUGCUAAAUGCCGCCAUGGUGAAUGGCUAUUCCAUUGUGACCUACCAAAGAUCUCUGGCAGCCACGGAUCGUCUGGAUCUGCCCAUCUCGAUUACGGAAGCGGAAUCUGUGGUCUGGGCUAUUGGACCACUGAAUGAUUACCGAGAGGUCUCCUUCCACACGUUCUACAAUAAGCAUCUGCACCAGAUCGAGUUCGGUCGUCAGCCCAAGUGGAAUUGUCCUCUGCCUGAGGGAGCUCGCAACUCCUCUGAACAGGAGGACUCGGCUCCAGCUGCACAGAGCUCAACUGGAGGAGCUGGUUAUCCACCAGCAGGAAGACCCAAUGUUGAGCCCGACGAGGAGUUCUACGAGAAUAGGGCGGAGGCCUUGCAUCGCCAGCCACCGCAGAGGCGCCAGGAAACGGCCAUCAUCACCCAAAGACGUCCAGUGCCCACACCAAAGCCAGUCAACAGUAACGGCGCCUGGGACAUCCCGGCCAUCCAGUGUCACGAACCUGAGGAUGGAGUUUUCUAUGCUCAGAUGGGACCCACGGGAGGAAAGCACGGAUAUCCAGCCAUCACAGGACACGUCGGCUGGGGAAUUUCCUGGUACAUCAACGGGCUUCUGAUCCCUGAAAUCCAUGUGGUGCGCGGCAGGACCUACACCUUUGUGGUGGAGGGCGGCAACAACCCCGACAUUCCGGCCAAGUACCAUCCAUUCUACAUCAGUGACGAUCCUGUGGGAGGAUACGAGCACAAACGCGAGGAGGAGAAGAAGUCCGUUCGCAUCUACGCCGGAGUGCAUCGCUCCCGGUCUGGCCAAGUCACGCCCACUGGCGUUGGCCGCCUCUGCAACUGGACGCCAGACGUGGAGGGUCCUCCGGCGGACGACUACCAAUCGUUUGGAGCCUAUCAGCGCACUUUGACCCUAAAGUGCGAUGCUGGAGAGCCGGGAGUGAUAAGCUGGAAGCCAGACAGGAACACACCGGACACAGUCUACUAUCACUGCUUCACACAUCGCUAUCUGGGAUGGAAGAUCCACGUACAUGACGCCUGUGACUCGGAAGCGGGCGGACUCAAGGGAGCCGCCUCGGAUCGCCACGAGAUCCGGCUGCCGGUGGAAGGAACCGGAGCGGAACCGGCACCCGUGCACGAGGAGUACGCCGGAGAGGCGUCCGUCCGGCACGAAACCAAGGUCAGCGCCAACGAUAAUUUUUUAUUGAAGCACCAAACUGAUUUGAUUAAGAACCACAAUAUGAACGGAACACCGCCCAAACUGAGUUUUGAAAUAACGAAAUCUUCGGAAAUAACCAAACUGAUUUCAGAUGGCAUCCGCGCUGCUGAGGCUCUCGAGGAGAGCCUAAUGAAGAACCCGAAUCUGAACCCUCUGAACCAUCCCAACCAGAACCCGAUUCCGUAUCCGCACCAGAAACCGAACGUGACCCCGACCGAGAUCAGCUCGCGACCCGAGAUUCUGCUGGGGGAGACCCAUGCCCACAAGCUGAAUACAUCUCCAUCCGUAUUCCCAUCCCCAUCUGCCUCACCAUCCCCCGCCAAUCUUAAGCUGCCCAUUUACGCGGCUGUUCCCCAUCUCAUCCACCAUCCCCCGCACUUGCAUCGCCUGCACCAACAUCCGCAGCAUGCCCUGCAUCCGCAUGUCCAUUUGCAUCAUCACAAUCUAACCGCUAAUCUUCCAGCGCUGGCCCAGAAAACCAUUGGACUCUCUGAGUUUUUGCGUCCGCCGCAGAACGCUCCGCUCUUCCAUCCGGUUAAGCUGCCCGGCCGUCGACCUUUCCCUGCUCCGAUCAAGAAAGUGCCGGCCUCCAGGCCCAUACUACCGCAGCAACAUCCCCACCUGCAUCCGCAUCCACAGCAGCUGCCCGUCUUACUGCAGCAGCAGCCCUCCUUGAUUGUGAGUCACUACAGGAAGCCAGUGCCGGGAUUGCUGAAGCCUUUCGUCAAGGAAAAACCCUUCCCACUGCAACCGCUUGCUGCCUCUGUCCUACUCCUGGGGCAACCCACUGAAUUGGGCGGAGGACUUGGUGGGCUGAACCAGAAAGGAGAGCGACUGAAGGUCAAGGGUAAACCUAAAAUUCCAGUACCCUAUGUAGACUUGGAACCGCAGGGCUCUCUACAAAACACGGCCUUCUUUAAUAAACCAGGCGGAAAGGUUGAACAGAAACCGAUUGUUACUCCCCCUACUGGUGCUAGUUCCGUUAGCAGCACAACCACGACCACGCCGUUGGUUAAACGCCCUCCUGUCAAGGAACCAUCCCAAGAAGAAAUCGCCAGCAUGCGACCUGCUGUGAAUCAGGGUUUUAAGCCCGAUACCGUGAUCGUGGAGAGCGGCUUCCGACCCAUCAUGAGAACUGAUGGCAGUGGUGUCCAAUUGCCCAAGGAGAUCAUAGACCAGGUGGCCCAUCGCCGAGAAGAUCCUGGCACUGAAAUCGACGAGGUAAUGGAAACGGAUACGCUAUUUCUGACAGCUCAGCAGGGUGGCAGUGAAACCCAGAGCUUUGAGCCCAUGUUUAUACCAUCUCCUUUGGAUAGUACCAAUGCCUCGAAGGUUCUAAGGGUAAAUGUAAAGGAGGUUAGUCCUACGGCUUCGGCUUUGAGAUUACCUUCCUCAGCUGUGGAGCACGCCCUGCCAUCCGCCUCGGAGUUGAGAAAGCCCACUUUGGAUGAACUCUUUGGAGAGGAGAUAACCGAUGAGGAAGUGGUACUCGAACCACUUGAAGAUGAUGAUGAGCUACUGGAAGAAACAACCAAGAAGGCAGCAGUAAAAACUACAAAAGAGAUUCCAAGCACCACUACAACCAAAAAACCUGAACACGAACUCCUAGAGGACCUCUUUGGACCCGACGAAGAGGAUAUUUAUGCGGAUGAGAUGGAACUUGAAAUGGACGACCGAGUGGCAGCUGCUGCGGAGCGGAUUGACACCUACUACCUGCCACCGGACAACCGGAAGGUUCCCCAUGCCAGUCUACCAAGUGGAGCGCUCUAUACCUUCGAUGGCAAGUCAGUGGUGGACAGUAGUCUGGUGCUACCACCCAAAUUGGAUGCCGUAGACAAUGGUGGAGUCCAUCAGCGACAUGCUCAGUAUGGGCUUACACCCUUGGAGCAGCUCGUUCGAACUACCCCUCAAUUUGGGGUAUUUAGAGGAGAGCUGCCGCAAGAAUUCCGAGGAACAGAACCUCAGCCCGUUUCAGAGUAUUCCCAUCCAGCGCCUUUCAGUCGAACCAGCACAACUCCGAUAUUCUCCAGCAGCAGUGGCAGCACCAUAUAUCCGUACUCCACAUCGUCAGGAACAUCCACAUCCAUAUCGUCACUGUCGUCACCGUCGUCAUCGUCCUCAUCGCCAUUGUCCUCAUCCUCGCUGAGACCCAUUUCCACCAAGUUGCAACUUCUGAAACCGGAGGGCAGAAGAGCGUAGGAUCAGCAAUAGCGAAAUUAUAAGCAAACAGCAACAAAAAUUUAGCAUUUAACCAUUUUGGGGUGUACUCUCAUAACCACGUUACAUUUACUCGUAAACCUGUAUUAGCCCGUAGUUUUCUUUUACCAAUUAUGAUGCUCUUAAUUUUAAACAAACGCAUGAAUUUUAUUAGCUAAGCUAACCGAUUGUGUUUAAGCCGCAUUUUAGUCGUUGUGAAAUAAAACCAAGAAUUAAUCUGA